CAUCGGGGCAUGGAGGAGAAGAUGGACGCUGCCACCAGCCGGCUAGAGAUGUUGGAGGCUGAGCUGAGACUGAGGGAGAGAGAGAUGGAGGAAGCAGAAGCACAGAAGGAGAAUAUGGAGAAAGACAUUCACAGUCUCAAGCAGAGCGUGAAAGAGAGCAAGGCAGAGCUCAAGUCUCUACAGGACAACAUCAGAGAGGCCGAGGAACAGAUGAGGGGCUUGGAGCAGGACGUUCGCUCCACCCACCACCUGCGUGACGAGGCCAAGCUAGAAGUGGAGCGACUGGCCGAGCAGAUCCGCCAAAGCUCCGCCUCCUGUGAGGAGAGCUCGCGCCAGGAGAAGGUCAAGUACCAGGAGUUGCAGGACCUGAUGAGGUCCCUCGUGGAGCGAGAGAAGGAACACCAGGAGGCCAGGAUACUGGUGGGCUCGGCCAACACAGACCUGGAGGCCGUGCGGGUGGAGCUGACGGACAAACAGGAGGAGCUGGAGACCAUGAGGAAGGAGUACACAUGCAGGAGAAGAUGAGCAAAGAGCGGGCAGAGCUGGAGAACACGCUCAGGGACAUGGAGGGCAAUCUGGAGCAAACCAAACAGGGAAGAACUAGGUCACCAAGUCCACUAACUCGGUCCGGCCGCAGCUACAUGGCUCAGAGAAGGUCAAGGUCGUCCGAGGGGUUGAGCAGUCCAGAAUUUUCAGAGCGAGAGUUUCUGUAGCAGCUGUCCCCCGUCAUGACGGUCAAGAUCAUCCUCCUCAUGAUUUGACGAACGCUUGACCUUCUGACGACCUUCCACAAACAGCUGGUCAUCCCACAGCCCGGACCAUCUUCCAUUUCUCAGACAUUCAGGGAUCAUCUCACUUAUCAUCGCGACAAGUUUUCAACAACCCAAAAUGAAACGCUAGUUGAGGAGAAUAAUAUUUAAGUUUAAAUGAAAAAAAUAAUAAAAUGCUUAUUAGGCGAGACUGAAAGUUUUGGUCAAAAUAUUCCUGAUCAAUUUUAGAGAAAUUUGGAAAAGAAGUAAAUAUUUCUGGAUAGGCCUACUGUUCUAUGAAAUUUGGAGCAGGUUUUCCCAGUUCUGGAAUGAGGAGGAUUGCUUUUCUUCAUCAAUGACAGCAAAAGGAAUAAAAAGACGGGCAACGUCAGUACUGCCUUUUUCUCUGUAUUUUUACAGCGAGAAAGUACUGUCCUCGAUUCACGCCUUGUUCGUGUUGUAAUGUCACAAACUUGUCGACAGCCGACUUAGAGAUACACAUGAGACUUCGCUUCAAUCCACCUCACUGCCAGAGCUUUCUCGUGGGGAAAAAGGUCAUUAUAAUCAUAAAUAGCCAUAAUUCCUCACUCAUGUUUCAUUUUUGGAGAUGUUGCAAAGAAUUGUAAAGGAAUAGAUCAAUAAUAUAUUUGAAUAAUUGUCCGAGUCUAUCCAAAAGUGCCCUAAAACUCUUAUUUUUUCUCAUAAGCAUCACACUUGCAAUACAUGGAGGAGAAUAUACAAGGCAGGCUGACAAAGUGAAAUAUUUCUUGAAUUUUUUCCUGAUGGAAAUAGAUACUUCAAAUUUAUAGGGUGAGUUUAGACAUUCGUCUUGUUAAGCUUGAAGGGAAUAGCAUUGGUUUAGAAUUGAUCAAUUAUGACCUUUGCGUUGAUUUUCAGCCGAUAUGUCCAUUCAUGGAUUGCGAGAAAUAACUCAUUUUGUCAGCACGCCUCAAAUAUUUCUGUUGAUAUCUUAGUUCCAUAAAUCGUAAACUCUGGUUGACCUUUCUGAUUUGUGAGAAAGUGUGUAGGACGACGACAUAUGGAGAUAUCUCUGUGGCUGAUGAAAAAAUCUUUUUCAUUUCUCGGGGGGGAGAAGAAUUUUUGCAACCGUCUUGAAAUUUGCUACGUUGUUAUAUUUAUAAUAAUGACCUUGAGAAUGAAAAGAAGAUGACCUUGCGUCAGGAAUGCAGGCAACUGGUCUUAUGUUCUGCUUUCAGACUCAAAAUGAAAUGUAAGUUAAUCACAAAGUUUAAAUGUACGAGGCAGUAAAUGUGAGGCAGUGUGGUUGAAUCAGGCUCACAUCAAAAUAAUCAAAGUGAAGAA